CGGUGAGUGGCGCGCGAGGGCCCGCGAGUACUGGGGCAUCCGGCGGCGGGCCGCACCGCUGCGGUAAGAGGCGUCAACUCCGAGCCGCGGUGACUUCCAAGUUUUUUCCCGGAGCUACUGGCGAAGCUGGCAUCAUUGCCCAGGACAGUAGGAUAGGGAAUGCUCGAGAAGCAAAAGCCGUUCUUUUCUCUCUCUCUUAACUGUUGAGUGGAGUUGUUUUCUAUAGGAAUCUUCUAAGACCACUGCACAAACAGGGUGAUGAUUGUACAAAGAGUGGUACUGAAUUCUCGACCUGGAAAAGAUGGUAAUCCAGUGGCAGAGAAUUUCCGAAUGGAAGAAGUCAGUUUACCAGAUAAUAUAUGUGAAGGACAAGUACAAGUUAGAACUCUUUAUCUUUCUGUGGAUCCUUACAUGCGUUGUAGAAUGAAUGAAGAUACAGGCACUGAUUAUAUAACACCUUGGCAGCUGUCUCAAGUGGUUGAUGGUGGAGGUAUUGGAGUUAUAGAGGAAAGCAAACACACAAAUUUGACUGAAGGUGAUUUUGUGACUUCCUUCUAUUGGCCCUGGCAAACCAAGGUUAUUCUGGAUGGAAAUAGCCUUGAAAAGGUAGACCCACGACUUGUGGAUGGACACCUUUCAUAUUUUCUUGGAGCUAUAGGUAUGCCUGGUUUGACUUCCUUGAUUGGGAUACAGGAAAAAGGUUAUAUAACUGCUGGAUCUAAUCAGACAUUGGUUGUCAGUGGAGCUGCAGGUGCCUGUGGAUCCUUGGCUGGACAGAUUGGCCGUUUGCUGGGCUGUUCCAGAGUGGUGGGAAUUUGUGGAACACAUGAGAAAUGCGUCCUUUUGACCUCAGAACUUGGCUUUGAUGCUGCAAUUAAUUAUAAAAAAGGGAAUGUGGCAGAACAACUCCGUGAAUCAUGCCCAGCUGGAGUAGAUGUUUACUUUGACAAUGUUGGUGGUGACAUCAGUGAUACAGUGAUAAGUCAGAUGAAUCCGAACAGCCACAUUAUCCUUUGUGGUCAAAUUUCUCAGUACAACAGAGACGUGCCUUAUCCUCCCCCACUACCCCCUGCUGUGGAGGCAGUACAGAAAGAAAGAAACAUCACAAGGGAAAGAUUUCUGGUUUUAAAUUAUAAGGACAAAUUUGAGCCUGGCAUUCUACAGCUGAGUCAAUGGUUUAAAGAAGGAAAGCUAAAGAUCAAAGAGACUGUGAUAAAUGGAUUGGAAAACAUCGGAGCUGCAUUCCAGUCCAUGAUGACUGGAGGUAACAUCGGAAAGCAGAUAGUUUGCAUUUCAGAAGAAAUCUCUUUAUAAUCUCUGUAAAUGUCUUCAUCAAGGAAUUCACACAGCUUUCUUUCCAUUUUGCACAAAGAUUUUUAACAUACAUAAAAAAAUACCCUUAGAAUACAAAUACCUCUUGAUUUAAAUGUGAUCAUAGGUGAUAUUUUCUUAGUUGCAUAACAUAAUUCUUUCCUAUAUCUUCAUUGUCACAUAUACACUCUACAUGCAACAUGAUUAUUUACAAAAAAAACUGAAGUCAACAUUUUUCUUUUUUUGCUAAUGUUUGGAAAAAUGCCAAAAUAAUUUUCUUAUAAGCCUGUUUUGUCCCUGAAGUAAUAUUUUAUCUUUGAAACAAUAUUUGUUUGUUAUACUAGUCUGGCCUCUAAUCACUACUUGCAUUUUUGGCUUCUGUUAACUGAGCUUGCUUAUCUGCCUAGACCACAUGGAUUCUGAGAAAUGAAACUUACUGCUAUGCUAGCCUUGAAAAUGUGUUGCCUAUAAAAGCUUUGUAAGACCUGAGCUCAGGGUCCAGAUUUUCAAGCAUUAGCUUGUCUGGGCCUGGCUGUAUAAUAAAUACCUGACUCUCCAA